GAAAUCCCAGUCAGUCUCUGACUACACAAAAACACAAACAAUAUAUUUCGUUAGCCUGUUUAAUGCUUUUGGCUUUUUUGACUAAAUUCAAAGCGAUGCCGACCUUUAAGAUGCGCCUAAUCCUGCCCUCGCGGCGGUUGUUGGCCAAUCUGUGUGUUUGUGGAGCUAUGGCCUCCAUCUCGGGAUUGGCCUACCUCCACUGGAAACUCGAGGAUCGGGUGCGUCAGGCGGACUACUAUCAGCUGGCCAUUAAAACGCUGCGCCAGCAUGGCGGUGCUGUACGUCUGCUCGGGGAACCCAUCAGGGAGUCCGGCUUUAGUUUGACAAACACCAAGAAUGUCUGCGACGGGCAACGGGCACAGUUGCAGGUCUCCGUUAAUGGCACCAAGGACAAGGGCACCGUCUUCUUUUGGGCCACCAAUAAUCGGGAGAAGGGCUGGCUGAUUGAUCGACUGGAGCUGGAAACGAAACAGUAUCCCCAUACGCGCUUUCUGCUCAAGAAACCCAGGGACCAAGCUCUGGAGGACGUUGUGAAUGAUGACGAGGAGAACGAGGAAGACCACGAGCACAUCGUUGUACCAGAGCCCAAGCCCAUUGGGCCACAGAUGCACCAACAACCGGAGCAGCCGACGCAGGUGCCGCAGCAUGCCUUUGUCCAGCCAGGCUAUCAAGAGGGUCAAGUCCAGACACCAAAUCAACCCAAGACACUGCAUCAGCAUCAGGGCCAGGAGCCGAAGCCAUAUAUUCAGACAGCCGACGGCGGCAAGAUGAAUUAAGAGUCUAUUAAAAAAAUUAUUUGCAACAGCUGCAACAUUUUGAAGAAAAUUUAAAUCAAUGAAAUUGUAUGAUUUUCUAUAAACAAAUGAU